AUGGCUCACAUGUACGAAAUUGCCAGCGCUAUUGAAUAUCCCUACGUCGACGGCUGGAAAAAGGGUGAACAAGUUAAAUUCCCCAACACUCCGGUUUUCCAAACGUUCAACGCACCGUCUCGACUCCAGGGGGACGUAUUUGAUCUUGAAGUUGAUGGGACGAUUCCGUCAGAGAUCAACGGUACUUUCUACCGGAUCCAGCCCGAUCCCAGGUUCCCUCCUCUUUUCGAAGAAGAUAUUCAUUUCAGCGGAGAUGGUAGCAUCACUGCGAUCAGGAUCCACGAUGGCCAUGCAGACUUCAAGCAGCGAUAUGCUCACACAGACAGGUUUAUAGCGGAGACUGCCGCUAGAAAGAGCUUAUUUGGCAAAUAUCGUAACCCUUAUACCGAUUCGGAGUCGGUCAAAGGUAUUAUCCGAACAGUGGCCAAUACCAAUAUCACCUUUUGGCGAGGGAUGCUACUGGCAUCGAAGGAGGAUGGUCCACCAUACGCGCUAGACCCGACAACUUUGGAAACGAUUGGCCGCUAUGAUUUUGAAGGCCAGAUACAGUCCCCCACAUUCACCGCACAUCCCAAGUUUGAUCCGACUACGGGCGAAAUGAUUUGCUUUGCUUAUGAAGCUGGUGGAGAUGGAAACGAUGGAUCUUGUGAUAUUGUGGUCUACACGAUUGACCCCAGCGGGAAGAAGACUGAGGAGGCCUGGUACAAGUCCCCAUUCUGUGGGAUGAUACACGAUUGCGGAAUUUCAAAGAAUUAUGUUGUUCUUCCAUUGACACCUCUAAAAUGUUCCGUCGAUCGGCUUAAACAAGGCGGUCAUCAUUGGGCCUGGGACCCGGAAGAAAGCCAAUGUAAAACGGGAUCUCAAGUCAGGCCUGAGAUUCGCUGGAACACAAGUGGCGAAUUCUCUCGUAUUGAUGACCGAUUUGUCACCAAAAAGUAUAACCACUUUUGGCAAGCCAGAAUUGACCCCACUCGAGAGUAUGACGCGACGAAGUGCGGAUCCCCAGCUGGAGGGCUGUUCAACUGCCUUGGCCAUUACACAUGGGAGGAGAAGAUCGAAGACGUGCUCUGGGCGGGGCCGCGGGCAACCUUCCAGGAGCCGACCUUCAUCCCCAAAGAGGGCGGUCGGGAAGGCGACGGAUGGAUCAUUGCCCUUGUGAAUCGCCUGGAUGUUCUUCGGAACGAUAUAGUCAUUCUCAAUGCGCAGCAUCUAGCGUCAGGACCGGUCGCGAUCAUCCACCUUCCUUUCAAGCUCCGGCUGGGUUUGCAUGGGAAUUUCGUUGACCAACGAGAAAUUGAAGCAUGGCAACGGCGACGGGAGGUCGGGGGUGAGAUAGGACCCGUUCAUGCAGCCCAAAAGCCACUUGCCUGGCAGCUGCAACAAUCUGUAAAUGCCUGA